AUGGGUCUGGCCGGCCGAAAGACGAAACAGGUCAUCGCCCCCGAUCCACGCAACACGACAUGGGCCCGGGACACAGAGGCGCCAGGUUUCAAGCUGCUCCAGCAGAUGGGCUGGUCACCCGCUUCAUCAGACAGGCUCAAUCCAGAGAGCACUGCGCCCCCACCGCCAAAGCGCUUGCACAAGAUGCCCAUCAGCAAGGAAGAUCAUCUCGGCAUCGGUGCGACUGCCUUGACCGGUUUGGCAGAAUCGAAUGCCGCGCGGCAGCCCAGUACAGGCACAGGACUCGGCAAAGCGGGCUCCUGGUUCUCUGCGUUUGGCAGCAAAGGCCUCCGCUUUGUCACUGCAGGCGCUACUGCACAGUCGGAACUCGAGAAGCGUCACAUCACAGACGGCGGCGAUUUUGCCGGCUUGCUCGCACGCCUCAACGCUGCUACUCCCUCUGCCUCCGCCUCGCCCUCGCCUGCGCCUGCCGCUACAGACGGAGAGAUCGGGCCAGCCAUGUCCAAGCAAGAGCGCAAAGAGGCUCGCAGACAGAGGAGAGAGGCAAAGGCCAAGCGGAAAGAGAUCGCUGAUGGCGAUGGGACAGCAGCAAAGAAGCGCAAGGUGGAGCGAGACUCGCCAGACGUAUCCGUGCUUGUGGCCACAGUCGUCAGCCGGGCCACGAUGCAGCCUACUGUCGUAGUAGCUACGCCGCAUCGAAAUGCGUCUCGCGCUCGCAAUCUCGCUGCCAAGCGCAUGGCGAACUCACCUGCUGCGAUGAGAGAGAUCCUUGGUCUCUCGGAGCCGGUCACGCCUGCGGAAGCGGUCUCACCUCCCUUGAUGCUACAGGCUGCCAUCCGGGUUCCAAGCCUCGACGAAGCGAUACGAUCGAUUGCUAAAGCAGAAGCCGACCAAGCCGAGCCCGACGGCUACGCUUUGGCCAGUGUUGAGGAUGUGAGCAAGAAGAGACAGAAGACCAGAUAG